CUCAUUGAUAACGCCCUACCUCUAGCUUCAAUCACAUCUCUUCUAUCUCCUCUUUUCAACCAUGGCCAUUUCAAAAGCUGCCGACUCGGAGCGCGCCGUUACAGACAUCUUCAACUCUGCCAUUGGCGCCAUAGCCAUCGGCGCCGCCUGGGAAGUCGGCCUGCUCGAUGAAUUGCGAAGCCAUGACAAGGUCGAUGUGACCAAGUUCGCCACUCAACACAAUCUCGACCGUGACUCGAUGCACGGACUAGCCACUGCCUUGGCUGUUGUUCAAGUCGUCGAGCACGAUCAGAACACGGUUGCGCCUGGCAAGCUGCUCGAUGAGGCCUACCGUACAAAGUCACUCUUCCACUGGCUCAUGCUAGGCUCAGGAGGACUCUUCACCCGCAUGCAGUACGUCUUGCGCAACGAGAACCGCACUGGAAAGUUCUACCAACGCGACCCCGUCGCCAUUUCAUACGCUUGCAAAGACAUUAGCAAGGAACACUUUGACCCAGCCUUCUGGACUGCCAUGGAGGGACUGGAUUACAAGAUCAACUCCGUCGUCGACCUGGGCAGCGGGAGCGGCGAGCGACUGAUGCAGGUUCUGGAUCGGUACCCUGGAACCGUUGGCCUUGGUGUCGAUAUUGCUGGUCCUUCGCUCAAGGUCGCUGCUGCCACGGCAAAUGAUCGUGGUCUUGGAGACCGGCUGUCCUUCACUCCUGGCGACGCGCGAACUUUGGGCUACCGCGACGAGUUUGCCAAUGUCGACCUGCUGACAUGCUUCAUGAUGGGCCAUGACUUCUGGCCUCGCGAAAACUGCGUUGCUACCCUCCAACGCUUGCGUACCGCCUUUCCCAAGGCCCGUCGCUUCCUCCUCGGCGACGCAACCCGCAUUCUGUUGAACACUGACAAGUCUCGCUCCCAGCAUGCCGUCAGUGACAGUAAUGUACCCAUUUUUACUCUGGGCUUUGAAUUUGGCCACGCCUUGAUGGGUGUCUACAUUCCGACAAUCGAGGAGUGGGAUGGCGUAUUCGAAGAGGGUGGAUGGCGUUGUGUUAAGAAACAUCUCAUCAAGUCCUUGUCGCUAUCAGUGAUAUUCGAGCUUGAGAAGAUAUAAGUUGCAAUACUAUGUAGUUCUAGUUGCCUUAGGAUAGGCAAUGAAAAUAUGGCCAAGUUAGUUAUUUUGUUAAUUGCUUCCAACUGAAAAU